AUGCGUAAGAGGGCUCGCCCGUAUUCCGUUCGCUGGUUCAGAGCCAAGCCCUUAUUGCGAAUCCGCCUCCGGGAAAUAGUUAUUAUAGAGCAUCCUCCUGUGACUCAAAGACUAAAAGCAUUUCCUUUGGUAUUGACUGAUGAUAGGGUUAACGAGAGAAUUCCUAUUCCUAUUUCUUACCGCGGAUCGCCAUGGCUGAUUGAAAGCAAGCGAGAUCAAAGCUUCACAUCACAAAGAUUCGCAGUUGUAUACGCUCUUUCUUCCGCAAGAACGAAUUCGGAACAAAUCUACUUUCAUUUUAGAAAGGAUAUUUUACCGGGCAGGGAAACUAGCUAA